CAGCUAUCCAGCUCAUUAGCGCGCUUUCAAUCUGUAUCUUGGCCAAAUAUCGAAAACCAAUAAAACAUACUCUCUGAACCGCGAGUGCCUAACAUCACAAAUCAAAUUAAAAUAUGACCGCCAACAGCAGUGCCAGUGAAUCCUUUGAGAUCCGAUCCUGUGAGCGACUACAGCAGCAGCAGGAGCAGAAGGCUCCGGCGGCGACAGAAGCGUCCUGCCAGCAGCAAUCCAACAUCAUCGGUCGCAUUUCUACCUCCAAGUGCUGGCUCCUGGGCAUCCUGCUGCUACUCACAGUCGCCACCAGUUGGCCAACGGGGACAACCGCCGCACCGCGUCGCGCUCGAGGAUUGAGCCUGAUCCUGCCGCACCGCAAUCACCUACGACCACACGACCACCACCAGCACACCAGGUCAAUAAAAACCAAGAUUGUGCCCCUGUUCACCAAUCAGACUGAAGGCAGGGAGCAGUGCACGGACCUGAAAAUGACUCCCAACAUCGAACACCUGCAAGUGGCGCACGAGGUGGCCAAGAAUACGCGGGAGGCGGUCCUCUGCCUGACCAAAGAAUGGCUGAGGAAUCAGAGCCACAGCCUGCCCCAAGACGUUCGCGCCUACUCGCUGCAUUCCCUGGCAUUGAAGCAUCCUCUCCAGUCGGAGGUCGAGGAAGUCAAGUUCCAGAACGAGCUGGGUGACUUUGUGUACAGUGGCAAGGUGACGACGCUGGAGGAGGAGAUGCCAGCCAUUAUCGAGUCGCUGCUGGUCCUGGAGCAUCUGUACGAGACCAUAGUGUUCGAUCACAAGUCCUGGAACUGCUUCUUCAACAACUUCGUGCACUUCUUCCAUCACAACAUGCACGAGGCUCUCAAGGUCGCCGGCCUCAACGAUGCCUGCAAUCCGAGGAACACCGAGUACAAUGCCGAUCACAUAUGGCCGAUGUUCGGCGCCGCCGUGGAGACCAUCAAGGUGCUGACCAUCAUCGAGCACAAGUACGAGCAGCUGAUCAAGCUGUACCAGUAAUCCGCUGGACAGAGUUGGACGCUCCAGAGGAGCAGUAAAAGCCAUACCAAAAAUAAUCACCUCCGAUGACCCACUGCAAUCUCAAGCUAAUAGGCUAUGCCCACGAGUAUCCGGAUCCGUAUUCGUCUACUAGACACCCUCAUCUGCCUUAGACCCUAUUAUUUAUUAUAACUUAUUAAACCCCCAUUGACCCCAUACGUAUUUAUAUCGCCUUCGCAUCCUAUUUAUAUACAUACUCGUACAUACUCACUGAACACAUUCACCGCAUCGCAGGCUCGAUAACUUAUGAAAACUAUUACUUAAGUGUAUUUUUUUAUAUAUAUAUAUUUACAAUAUUACAAUGACUAUUAAUAAAUUAUACCGAUAGGCGCAUA